AUGGCUUCUCCCACCAUGAACAACAACAACAACAACAACAAAAAUCAGGAAGUGGUGGAGAGGGAAAGGUCGCGGUCUCCUCCCUCAGGGCGCACUUCAACUUCAACCUGUAGUAACAGUAGCAAGCAGAAAUGUUGCAUCUGUUUAUCAUGGAUAGAACAAGGAGCCGGUCAGGCAAUAUUCACGGCUGGAUGUUCUCACACGUUUCACUUUCCUUGUAUUGCUUCCAAUGUGAGCCAUGGAAACCAAACUUGUCCUGUUUGCAGAGCACAAUGGUCCGAGGUCCCGGCCAAUCGGCUCCCAAGUCCUCCGCGGGUUCCUCCACCAAUUAACCGUCCUUGGCACCACCACCACCGCCACCAGAAUUAUUUCACGUAUCGUCGUCCUCCGCCACUUUAUGCCACACCUUAUGGUUAUGAUGACCAAGAUUUUCAGCAGGCACUACUUGAUGAGCCACAUGUCUUCGAUGAUGACGAGUCUUUGGAUCAUCAUCAUCAAUCUCCUGAGGAAAACUACUCCAAAAAUCAACCGGGCGAAACCAUACUGAAAGUGAAAACAUUCCCCGAGGUGGCGGCAGUCUCGCGCUCCAGCUCCCCGGAUAACUUCACCGUGUUGAUAAAUCUUAGAGCUCCUUCCCUCACGACAUCCACAGACCACCAGGAUUCCAAAGAAUCGUCACCCUCAUCUCGCGUACCUAUUGAUCUUGUUACGGUUGUUGAUGUAAGUGGCAGCAUGGAAGGUGCCAAUCUUGCAUUGCUAAAGCAGGCCAUGGAGUUUCUGAUCCAAAACCUUGGUCCCAACGACAGGCUCUCCGUCAUUGCCUUCUCGCACACAGCGCGACGCGUAUUUCCACUCCGUAAGAUGAAUGAAUCAGGAAGAGAGCAAGCACUGGAAUCUGUCAACCUCUUAGUGGCAGACGGGGGAACCAACAUAGCUCUAGGACUGAGUAAGGGCGCCAAGGUGUUGGAAGAUCGCAGAUACAAGAAUUCCGUUGCCAGUAUUAUCUUGUUAUCUGAUGGACAAGAUAAUUAUGGUUUCAGCACCGCAAACUACCCAUCCCUUCUUCCACAGUCAAUCACCAACAACAAUGGAAAUGAUGGUUCUAAUAAUUUAAAGAUCCCGGUGCAUACUUUUGGGUUUGGAGAAAAUCAUGAUGCUUCAUUGAUGCACUCGAUUGCGGAGAUGUCCCGAGGAACCUUUUCUUUCAUUCAGGACAGAGCCGUGAUCCAGGAUGCAUUUGCACAGUGCAUUGGUGGGCUUCUGAGCGUUGUGGUGAAGGAGCUUCAGGUGAAUAUACAGUGUGUUGAUCCAAGAGUCAGCAUUACUUGUUUAAAAUCUGGAAGUUACCCGAAUCAAGUGACUCCUGACGGACGAAUGGGGAAUAUUGAUGUUGGGUACUUGUACGCUGAUGAGGAAAAGGAUUUUCUGGUACUAGUGAAAGUACCAACAGAAGAAAUUUCAGGCCCUGCUGAAGAAACUGCAUUGUUGAAGGUGAGAUGUGUUUACAAUGAGCCUGCCGCUUCAACGUCGUCCGCAGAUAAAUUAGUGACGGUAAUGAGUGAAGAAGUUAAGAUCAGGAGACCUGAAGUAGCUGGAAACCAAGAAGUUUGUGUUGAGGUGGACAGGCAACAGAACCGGAUACAAGCAACGGAGGCGAUGGCGCUGGCGCGAGAGGCAGCCGAGAGAGGUGACUUGUCAGGUGCUGCAUCAAUCCUUGAAAACUGCCAGAAGAAGCUGUCAGAAAGUUCAUCAGCAAAGAGUCAUGAUAUCCUGUGCCAGGUACUUGAAGCUGAACUGAAGGAAAUGAGAAAGAGAGUGGCCAACCGAAAUUCAUACGAGGCCACAGGAAGGGCCUAUAUGCUUUCUGCAAUGAGCUCGCAGUCAAGGCAGCGACCGGUAGCAUCCGGUUUAAGCUUCGACGCCGGGGCUUUUUCGGGUUCAGCCGCCCCUUGUGGAUCAGCAGCUGCUUAUCACGCCUAUCAAACCCCUACAAUCACCGGCAUGGUUGCUCGAUCAAGGGCUAGAAACUCAAGCAAGGGCCCUUAUUGA